CAAGGCAGCGGGAGGCCCAGGGGGAUAGUCCCCUCUGCUGCAUUCCUGCCUGACCUGACCCCAGCUCAGCCGCCAACAUGUGCAAAGGCCUUGCGGCUCUGCCGCACUCAUGCCUGGAAAGGGCCAAGGAGAUCAAGAUCAAGUUGGGAACACUGCUGCAGAAGCCGGAGGCAGCCCCCGAGCUGGUCAUCCCCUACAAUGAGAAGUUGGACAAGCCUGCCAAGGCCCAGAAGCCAUCUCCUGACGAGGUCCUGCAGUGGCGUGACUCACUGGACAAGGUCCUGCACAACAGCUAUGGACUGGCCAGUUUCCGCAGCUUCCUGAAGUCGGAAUUCAGUGAGGAGAAUCUGGAGUUCUGGGUGGCAUGUGAGGAUUACAAGAGGACUCAGAGUGCUCCCAAGAGGGCCCAGAAGGCCCGGCGCAUCUACGAGGAGUUUAUCCGUGCUGAGGCCCCAAGAGAGGUCAAUAUCGACCACUUCACCAAGGGCCUCACCAUGAAGAACCUGGUGGAGCCUUCGAUAACCAGCUUUGAUGUGGCGCAGAAACGUAUCCACGCCCUAAUGGAGAAGGACUCGCUGCCACGCUACCUGCGCUCCUACUUCUACCAGGAUCUGCUCAAGUAACACAGUCAGGGCCUGAGUCCUCCCCUGCCACUGCCGCCACUAAACCCAAUCGCCCUGCCCUACAGGAGUGCCCAAAAAGAAUCACUUUUUCUCUCUCUUCCUCCCAUUCCUUCUCCAAGUCCCUCCUUCCCACCCUCCUGGCCUGCCUUUGUCAGGGAAAAUUCUGCCGGUUGGGAUGAGUUGGAGCCAUGGAACGUUCCUUGGUUGUAGUUCCUGGGCCUCCAGGGGAUUGUUCUAGAAAGGGCCAACCUCCCCCGCCCCACCCUGUGGAUAUCAGUGUUUCUGAUACAUUGAGUUCAUGUGUCUCAGUUCUGAUUUCAUUGCAGGUGUGAAAAAUGGGGAGUUUUCAUAGGUGGCCACAGUUUCUUUUUCCAAACAGAAAAGUUGCCUAAAACACUGUUCCAUGAUGCCCAGAGUGGCCCCAUGUCUAGUGGGAGAUCGGGGUUGAGAUGCAAAGCAUCACCCCCCCACCCAACUGCCACUCUUUAGAGGUGCAGUCUGAUGGAUGGGUCAGAAAGGCAGUUGGAUAGAUUCUUCCCACAUUUCACCCUCCUUGCCCAAUUUGGAUUUCAGGUUCUGUGGUAACACAGCUACCUGGUGGUUCCUAAAACGUGGGUCUGCGCCCCUCGGCAUGCUUGGAGUAUACCCCCACUCGUCUUCAUGUUAUGUUAUGUGCCCUUAAAGCCCCCAUUGUUAAGCUCUGAUCCUGGAGAAGUUGAGUUGCUGGUUGGGGCGGCUGCCCAGGGCUGACCUCUGGGGACCUAGCACUGAGAUUGGGAAAGCCAAGCAAAGAAUUCCAAUUAUUUCUUGGAGGCCGUCAGCUGGCUUAGGAAAUGGUGUUAAUGAUGAUGAUGAUGAUGAUGAUGGUGAUGAUGAUGAGAUUCCAUGUACCCCAUUAGCUCCAGGAAAUUAACUUGCCCUGGGCAGAAUUCCUACGAAAUUAUGUGGGUCUUUAGGCCAUCCCACCUCCACCCUCACCCCAGCUUCCCUCCUGCUCUGCUCUUCAUCCACAGAAUUAUUUUACUCAAAGUGAAAAAUAUAAUACACAUUUAUACACAUUAUUGGGCGCUCCCCCAGCUCAUGGAUUAUUUAGCAGGUAUUACUUAGCAAAUCCAAGCUUUAAUCCUGUACUGCAUUAUUACAAGUCUGACCAGAAAAAAAUAGUUUUUUCAUAUGUAGCAGAAGUAACUCAUGAUCUGCAUAAUCUAGUUCUAGACAAAUCUCACAAUUUGUACAACUGAAUCAUAGAAUCACUGUAUAGGCAUGAGGGGGGCUCACAAGAUGGUGGGUUACUCCAACAAGGAGACUCAGCGGCUGUUCGAGGAUGAAUAAAAUGUCUCCUUGACGGUGA